CUGAGAAGAAAUCAGACAAGUCUGCUGGUCGUUGGCUUCACAAAAGCCUUCUUCAUCUUGUGUCUCUUCCACGGUAAAAAAGUUCUGUUCUUGCUUCAUCACUGUAACAAUGCUCUGGUAAAUCUCCCCACUUUUUUCUGCUAUUCUACUGAGUUUAAUGAAUCUCCAAUCUCCGUUCGCCAUUUCGUGGAGCUCCCCAGAUUCUCGCUCGCUGGUAGUCGAGAUUUCUUUCGGAUUUCAACCAUGGUAAGUUUUGGUAAUGGUGGAAGCAGGGAGUCGUGGUGUCGUUUUAAGACCAUUGAUUGAUUCCUUCCUCCACUUGCUUUCAAGCUUUACGACUGCGGGUAGUGUACCUUUCCUCAUGGAAGAUUAGCGAGUGAGGGAGGUCAAGAACAGUAAUCCCAGCUCUCUCUCUCUCUCUCGCCUUUUGUGUUCUUCUUCUUCUUCUUCUUCUUCUUCCUUCUUCUUCUUCUUCUUCUUCUUCUUCAUCCUCUUCACGGUUUCUGCAUUUGCUGAAUCCCUUGCAUAAAAAGGGGAAAAUCCAAGUUUGAGGGUGGAAUUUGUAAUGGUUGAUUGAUUGAUCGAUCGAUCUGGAAGCUGCUCGCUUUUUGUACGGUUGUGCAAUGGCUCCGAGGUCGGGUUUCUCUGGGUGGUGGGCGAGGGAGAAGCAGCUGCAGAAGGGCACACCGGUGGUAGUGACGAUGGAGAACCCUAAUUACUCAGUUCUCGAGAUCCCUGCCGCGGUUGUUGAUGAAGACGAAGCGUUCCCCUCCACCGACAAGGGGCGCGGCAAGAACGCUAAGCAGUUCACUUGGGUGCUGCUCCUCAAGGCCCACCACGCCGCCGGCCGCCUUGCGUCAGCAGCGGCGCUGCUAUGGGCGCUGCUAUGGGCGCUGCCUGGAGUCGUCGGCAGAAGGUUGUUUUCCCGCCGUCGAGCUGCUGCUUCUUCUGAGAAACCCCAUUUGCUGCUGAAGCUAAUCAGGGCCUUCUUGUUCUUCUCCCUCGUCGCACUGGCAUUCGAGCUCAUUGCUCACUGGAACCGGUGGCACUUCCAGCAGCUGCCGGAGAACUUGCAUUUGCCGGAGGCCACCGAGAUCCAAGGGUGGAUGCACUCUACCUACCUCUAUUGGCUUUUCUUCCGAGCAAACUACAUCGCUUACACAAUUCAGACGCUGUCAAACAUGUGCAUAGUUUUGUUCGUCAUCCAAUCUCUGGAUAGAUUGGCCUUGUGCUUUGGUUGCUUCUGGAUCAGACUGAAGAAGAUCAAACCAAAGAUCGAAGAGGAACCUUUCAAAGAAGAUGAUAGCUACAAGUACCCCAUGGUUCUUGUCCAAAUUCCUAUGUGCAAUGAAAGAGAGGUGUAUGAGCAAUCGAUUUCUACGGUUUGCGAAAUCGAUUGGCCAAGAGAUCGGUUGCUGAUCCAAGUGCUCGAUGAUUCUGAUGAUGAGACCAUCCAGCGACUGAUCAGCACUGAGGUCUCCAAGUGGAGUCAGAGAGGCGUGAACAUCGUCUACCGCCAUAGGUUGGUGAGGACCGGUUACAAGGCGGGAAAUCUCAAAUCCGCUAUGAGCUGUGAAUAUGUCAAAGACUAUGAGUUUGUUGCCAUAUUUGAUGCUGACUUUCAACCCAACCCUGAUUUCCUCAAGCUUACCAUUCCACACUUCAAGGGGAAUCCUGAGCUUGGACUGGUCCAGGCGAGAUGGAGCUUCAUAAACACGAAUGAGAAUCUAUUGACUCGCCUUCAAAACAUCAAUCUCGCCUUUCACUUUGAAGUGGAGCAACAGGUGAAUGGCAUCUUCUUGAACUUCUUUGGAUUUAACGGGACUGCGGGUGUAUGGAGAAUCAAGGCGUUAGAGGACUCGGGAGGGUGGCUCGAGAGAACAACGGUCGAGGACAUGGAUAUAGCUGUUCGUGCUCACCUCCAUGGUUGGAAGUUCAUCUUCUUGAAUGAUGUAAAGGUCUUAUGUGAAGUCCCUGAAUCAUUUGAGGCCUAUCGGAAACAGCAGCAUCGAUGGCAUUCUGGACCAAUGCAUCUAUUUAGGAUAUGUCUUCCCGAUAUUAUAACUUCGAAGAUUUCGAUAUGGAAGAAGGCAAACUUGAUCCUUCUCUUCUUUCUUUUACGGAAGUUAGUCCUUCCUUUCUAUUCGUUUACGUUGUUUUGUGUAAUUCUUCCGUUGUCCAUGUUCAUCCCCGAGGCCGAAUUGCCUUUUUGGGUCAUCUGCUAUGUGCCCGUUAUAAUGUCCUUCCUCAACAUUCUUCCGGCAUUGCAAUCCUUCCCCUUCAUCGUGCCUUACCUUCUCUUCGAAAACGCCAUGUCGGUGACAAAAUUCAAUGCCAUGAUCUCAGGGUUAUUCAAACUAGGGAGUUCAUACGAAUGGGUAGUCACCAAAAAGGCCGGCAGGUCAUCAGAAUCCGAUCUCCUGACCGUCGCAGACAAGGAAUAUUCAAAGAGCUUAAGCCUUCUGCAAUUCCACAAACAAUCAUCAGAAAGCGAACUCAUCGAGCUGGCCAAGUUAAGUGAACGACAACAACACUUAAAACCUUCAUCUCAACCAAAGAAGUCCAACAAGAUUUACAAAAAGGAGCUGGCCCUUUCGCUCCUCCUCCUCACCGCGGCCGCCAGAAGUCUGCUGUCAGCACAGGGGAUUCACUUCUACUUUCUGCUCUUCCAGGGAGUGUCAUUCCUCGUAAUCGGGCUUGAUCUCAUCGGGGAGCAAAUGAGCUGACAUGUUGAUGAACAAGAUUGGAGUUUUUCUUCUUUUUUCUCUAUAAUUUUAUUUUUCUUUGAUUUUGUUCAUUGGGAAGUUUUUCUACUACAACUCAAACAAGUGAUACUAGACAGUUCAUUGCAUCUCUCUUCAAACAAUAAGAUCAUUGCUUCAAAAGAUAUAUAGAAGCCUUGUAUAA